AAUUGAAGGCGAUUCGUGACAGGAAGCAAUGAACCAAGUCCUUUGAUGACCGAACAAGCAUGGCUCCGAGUAUACAACACUGGUUUUUAUGUGACUGGCUUCGAGAAUUACGCUGGACAUGAUCUUGAGGAAUAAAAUAGUCUUGAUCAAAACAACAUAGUUAUGGAAACCUCUUUAUUGUCCAACCACCUACGUCAAUCAGCUAUGUCCUGUUACACUUAGUAUGCUCCAAGAUUAUAAUCGACUUCAAUCACAUGCAAGCAGCAGUUUAUUGCCGUAAACUGAUUAGCAACAACCACAUCGACCGAGCAAAAAAUAGUCUCGUUGACCGGCAGUCUUAAUUAUACAUGGCAUAUAGCACCUUAGCUUUAAUUUUGCUCAGUCUUUCUAUGAUUGUCGUUCAAGUACAUCACUGCAAGGACUUAUCAACCGUGCCAAACAAGAAAUCUGAUAUUGGCAGACAGCAUAUACUUGAGAAAGGCUAUCUGCAGAAGUAUCCUCCUUGUGGAAGACAUCCAUCAGGAAAUGUAUCAAGGUGCCAAACAUACAUCAAACAUCCAGACUGUCACUCAUUUCCUGGUAAACCUCGUAAUGUAAGAAUAACACAUCUUUUGUUGAAGAACACUAGACCAGUCCUACUGGUUGAAUGGGACAUAUCUUCCACAGGUUUUUCAGAUCUUUGGGGAUUUCAAGUUUGGUUGAUUGAAGUAACAUUUUACUAUCCAAUGAGAUAUUACAGAUGCACCCAGAUCAAUAGCAAGGUUAAUGAUUAUUUAAUAUUAUUUAUUUAA